GAGCACCAUCUGCUCGAUAUUUGAAAGCUUCGCACUGAAUGCCAGACAUGAUAAAUACUGGAGAUGAUUUGAGAAAGGAUGAUACAGUGAAUGGAUGUUGAACGGUUGAAGUGUAACUGUCCAUGGCCUUAUUUCUGUCUCUGGUCUCGCGGAAAUGGUGUAUUUCAGCCUCUCUUAUGAUACAAGCUCGAACAUUUAGAUCAAAGGCGGCACUGGAUGCCCUGUUAAGAGCUGCUGAAGAUAAAGUCCCCAACCUUGUGCUAUACAACUAUCCAUCUUUCUCGGGAGCAUAUGGAGCUCUUUUCGCUCGUCUCUACCAUUCCCAUUUCAAUCUACCUUGUCUCAUAUUGCCCUUCUCCUCCGUCGAGCCUCUCAGGGUUGAAGAUUUGCAUUUCGAAGGCUUCCAGACGUGUUAUCUUGUCGACUUUGUUGGACCGAAAGGAUUCGCAAUGGAGCUUUCACGAUUCAUGGGCCGGGUGACAGCCUUUGAUCACCGAAAGUCUACACUGGCGAAGAUCUCCCCAGCAGAAGAUUGUCCUACAAAUUUAACAUUUUAUAUUGAUGUCGAGAAAAGUAGCUCAAGCGCUGCCUAUGACUACUUUGCUAAUAAAUGCAAAGAACAGGAAUCUGCAGAACAGGGAGCGGUUCCAGGCUUAUUAAACCGUGAAGACAGAGAUUGUCUAGCAAUGGUCCUCAGAUACAUUGAAGAUGGAGAUCUUCGCCGGUGGAGCCUACCUGACAUCAAAGCAUUUAAUAUUGGACUAGGUGAACUGCGUUCGAAGCUGAAUUGCAUCACUAAUCCUUAUGUGUUUGAUCAGUUACUGGAGAUCAGUUCUAUGGAUUUAAUUGCAAAGGGAAUUUCUUAUAUUUCUGCACGCCAGAAUGCUGCAAAUAAGUUGCUGGAUAAAGCUUUCAAGGUUCGAUUGGGGAAAGGAUUCUAUGGGGAGUGUCUGGGAAUUAGAGCUGAUGGAAAUUCUGACUUAAGUGAUGAGAUUGGCAAGGAACUUAGUGUAAGGAGUGCUGCAGCUGGUUUAAGGCCCAUAGGUGCUGUUGUUUACAUGCAACGGAACAAUCUUAAAAUGUCCUUGAGGAGUAUGGAUACUACUACUGAUACCUCUGAAGUUGCAAAGGCAUAUGGUGGAGGAGGCUCUAGGAGUUCUAGCUCCUUUAUAAUAAGGAUGGAUGAAUACAACCAAUGGAUUUCAGUGAAAUAAUCAAAAAUAUAUCAGCUGUGAGGCCAUCCUUGAGAGGAGUUGCAUGCAUCAGAUAACAUCUGUUAAUUUAAUAAAUACAAGAGGGAGAGGUGAAGUUUUCAAACACUCUCUGCAUGUAGAAAGCUAGUGGUCUUGCUCCAACCUUAACUUGUACUAAAACUAUCUAUGCUAUGCUAAUAUAUGAAGGAAAUCAAGCAUCUAGGGACUGACAGCUUCUUCAGUUGAGAUUGUUGUGUUAUCCCUGAUGCUAUCUUCUCUCCAAACAUGUGCCAUGGAAUGCAUACAUACCUCAAAACAUUGCCACUUUGUUAGCCCCAAUGCAGCAAAUAUUUUCAAACAUUAGUGCAA